GCUUCAGUGAUGGCCGAUAAAGGUAAGACUAGUUACGUAGGAAGACUGAAAGACGAUAUCAAGAAAAACGAGAGAAUCCAAAUUGAAAUGGAAGAAAAGCUAAGGAAAUUAGAAGAGAAACUGAAAGACCAUGAUGAGAAUUGUCAAACCAAAAUCAAUGAGCUGGAAGAAGAAAUAAAAAGACUUAAAGGAGAAAUAGAAAAACUUAAAGAAGAAAACAAUACCCUUCAAGAAAAUAUCAAAGAGUUGGAGAUGAAAACGGAAGACUUAGAAGAGAGCAACACAUUCCUUGAAAAACAAAUGAAAGAAAUUGAUGAUAAUGCCAAAAAGGAAAUCGGAGAGUUGAAGACAAAGUUAGGAAACUUAGAUGAAAAAUUAAAGAAGUCUGAGCUUUCUGAAGAUGAGUUGAUCAUUCGGCAACUCUGUUCAAGCGUUCAGGAAAACCUCUCGAGGAUUGUGCUGCAGGGAUAUUUCGAAGAAAUUCAGAACAAAAGGACUCAGGAUAUGGAAAAUUACAUUUCAACGCAAAUUGAAGACGAAGAUGAACAAAAUAAAGCAAGGUUAAGAUGGGAAGAGUUAAAGAAAGAAAUCAAUUGGAACGAAUUUUGGAUAAAACAGCUAAAACCGGUCAAAAAGAGAGGGAACGAAACUGCUCAUCCACCCUUGACAGAAAAGGUCAUAGAUGCUGCGAAAAACAAAUUGAAAAGAAGGGAGAAGUUAGGAAAGCAUAACGUCAAGGCAGUAGAUCAGCUUAAAGAUAUAUGGACACAAACAAACCGCAAGCUACCGCAAGGGAACAUGGUCGUGGUCGACGGCGAGUCAUCUCACAGAACAAUCUCUAAUGGCCAAGAACAAGGCGGUCCAAGGCGUGUGUCUACCACAAGACAAAAACAUGAAGAUGUAAGGACUCCCAAUGGUACCUAUGCAAGCGAGGCCGCUGGAGGUAGGGGAGGUGAUUUCAAUCCCAAAAAAGCUAAUGGAAGACAAUCUUUUUCACGUUAUGCUAUUCUCGGCAAAGGACACUAGUGGGGCUAGUUAAGAUAAUUUUUUACCUUGACAAAGCUAUUUCUGGAAAGAUAUUUUUCGCACCACAACGAAGUUUUAUUUUUGAAUAAUUAAAUCACGUAAAAUUAUCAAUCCCAAUGGGAUUGACCUAAAACUAAAUAAGGUUAACUGAAUAAGGUUGAUCUAAAACUGCAAUUAGUUUAAAACUACUACAGUGAGCUAUCAAAAAUCCUGCGCUUUGAUUGGCUGAGCUUGUUUAUUGAUGAUGGACCGGCAGACGAAAAGAGCUGGUUUCAAGACUAGAACUAUGGAGUCUAAUUUGCCUUUUUAAGCAGCUUCUUUUUUAUCCAUUUAUUUCACCGUUCAGUAGGUUUAGACUAAAACCUAACUAACGAUUAGACCUCUAGCCCUCAUACUACGAGUCAAUAGCCUAUUGACUAUGUUCAAUAUCCUAUGAGCUAAUGACUCAUAGGCCAUUGUUAAAUAUUCACUUCUUCGCCUUGACUUGAAUGACAAUGUAUAGCACUCCCGUCUGAUAUCCAGACGUUAAACUAGACAGAGGGGCACGAGGUUAUAAUGUAACCCUCUCUAAAUAUGUUUAUCAAUUAUAUUUUCGCUUUUAAUUAACAUGUUAUACAUGUUUUUAUCGUACGCACAAAAAGAACUAUCGCAUAAAGGCGCUUAGCUAUAGCUGGCCUACACUACACUGCAUAUAUUAGCUAGUGAAAAAAAACAAAAAACAAAGCAAAACAAGCAAGGGACUGCUUCUAGCUUAAAUAUCAAAUAAUUAGAGUAUUGUAGAAAAUUAUAACCCAAUCAGAUGAAAGACCAGGUUCAAACAAACUUAUUUACUAAGUUUCAGGACGUUGUUCAUAUGCUAACAAUAUUAUGAGCAUAAAAACACUGUAUAAUUACAUAGAGAUAUAUAUAUAGUGUCCAAACACAUUAUAUAUCUUUUUUAAUAUCGCAACUUUAUUAUUGGAAUUUGUCCAAUCUUGAUUAAAUUCUCAAAUUAAGCUAAUUCCAAUGUGAUCUUUAUUCUGGUGGGGAAUUUGAGAAAC